AGGAACGAUGACGGUCGGCGACUUGGUGAUGGUGAACGGCCUCCUUUUCCAGCUCUCCAUACCCCUAAACUUUCUUGGGUCCGUCUACCGCGAAACCAAACAGGCCAUGAUCGACAUGGAGUCCAUGUUCAAUUUGCUCCUACUGAAGCCCGAUAUUAAGGAAGUCCCCAACGCUCCCUCCCUCAACAUCUCUCCGGAAACUUCCACCAUAAAGUUCGACAACGUCACGUUCGGUUACAAUUCCGGGAAGGAAAUCCUGAAGGGAGUCACUUUUGAGGUUCCCGCCGGGAGAAUCCUGGUGAACGGCCAGGACAUCAAGUCGGUGGACCUCCAGAGUCUGAGGAGGGCUAUCGGGAUCGUGCCUCAGGAUUCGGUCCUCUUCCACGACACCAUCCUCUACAAUAUCCACUACGGAAACAUGGCCGCCAGCUACGAUGACGUCAUCAACGCUUCUAAGAUGGCCGACGUGCACCAGCAAAUGCAGAUUUGUCCUCGAAGAAAUAAAAUAAAUUAUGAUUCAGUGAAAUAUUCUUCGAGCGGGGAGAAGCAGAGGGUGUCGAUAGCAAGGGCGAUCUUGAAAAACCCCAUGAUCUUGGCCUACGAUGAGGCAACUUCGUCACUGGACACCAUAACCGAACAUGUAGGUUGGUUGGUUGGUUGGUUGGUUGGUUGGUUGGUUGGUUGGUUGGUUGGUUGGUUGGUUGGUUGA